ACCAAAAUGUCAAGGAACUCCUAAGCAUGCAAGAGCUGAGCAUAACCAUUAUCCAACUCUUUGUCAUGUUUUGCUACGACCUUUCCUUGUUUAGAGGAAUUGAUGACAGAUUUGGAUUCUUGUGUCCAAUUGUUGUUCAAGGCAUAGAGUAUACACGAGAAGAUAUAAUAUAUUACAUAGGAAGUACUAUCAAGGAAGUUUAUAAGCAAUGUUGGCUUGCACCAAUUCGUGAAGGGAACCAUUGGACAUUAUGUGCUUUUUGUCCACAGUCAAAUAUCAUUUAUUGGUUUGAUUCACUUGGAGGAAAACAAAGCAAUGAUAUUGUGAAAGUAUUCGCUGAAGCCCAUGAGAUGUAUCAAAUCAAUGGAAGAAAGAACAUCAAAUGGCUACGUCCAAAUUAUCGUCGUCAACUUGGGGAAAAAGAAAGUGGAUAUUAUAUUAUGAGAUAUAUGUACGACAUCAUUGAUCUUAAUGAAGCUGACUCAUUAGACAAGCACUUCAAUAGUCCACAAUGUUAUUCUCAAGAAGACAUCAACUUUAUUCUGAACAAGUGGUCAGCCUAUUUAUUGAGGCUUCGUGGUCUCCACUUGGACUGGCCUCUGAAACGCAGGAAAUCUUUUGAUGGGAUAUUAUUUGGAUGUACUUGAUUAGAAGAAAUU